CCUCCCCCUCCACCCCCCCGGCCCGAUUUGGGCAGCGGCGAGCCCGGCGCUGCCGGCAGAGCCGCCGUGUGCGGGCGCGGCGCCGGAGGCAGCUCGGCCCCGGGGGGGCUGCGGCGAGGCAGGAGCGGCCGCCCCGCUCCCCCGGCUCCCCCGGCCCGGCGGGGCGCGGCCCCGCGCUGCAUGCCCGCCCCGGCGGCAUGGCCCGCAGGCAGGCGCGGCCGGCGGGCGGCGGGCGCUGGCUGCCCUGGCUGGGGCUCGCCCUGCUGCCGCUGGCCGUGCCCCCCGCCGCCGCCCCCGCCGCCUGCCCCUCCGCCUGCUACUGCGUGGCCACCCCGGAGCUGGUGCAGUGCCGCUACGAGCGGCUGGAGGAGCCGCCGAGGGAGCUGCCGGCCGCCGUCCACAACCUCAGCAUCGCCGGCAGCAACCUGAGCGUCCUGUCCCGCGCCGCCUUCGCCGCCCGCCCGCUGCGCGACCUCCGCCUGCUCCGCCUGCGCCACGACAACAUCCACACCAUCGAGGACAUGGCCCUGCAGGGCCUGCCCGCCCUGCGCACCCUCGACCUGAGCCACAACCCGCUGCUCUCGGUGGCCGCCGGCGCCUUCGCCGGGGUCCCGCAGCUGCGCACGCUGCAGCUGAACCAGGCGCUGCUGGCGGCCCCGCUCGAGGAGCAGCUCGCCCUGGCCAUGCGCAACCUCAGCCUGCGGCGCCUGGAGCUGGCGGGCAACGCGCUGCAGGCGCUGCCGGCCGCGCUGCUGCCGCCCGGCCUGGAGGAGCUGGACCUGCGGAACAACUCCCUGCAGCGGCUGGCGGCCGCCGAGCUGCGCAGCCUGGACGCGCCCGAGCUGCGGGGGCUGCGCCUCAGCCUGGGCGCCAACCCGCUGAGCUGCGACUGCAGCCUGCGGCCCUUCCUGGCCUGGCUGCGCGGCGCCGCCGCCCGCGUGCUCGACGCGCGGAGCCUGCGCUGCGCGGGGCCGCCGGGGCUGCGCGGCAAGGCCCUGCUGCGCCUGCGGCCCGAGGCGCUGGCCUGCGGCCUCGGCGAAGGCGGCGAGCCCGGCCAGCUGGAGACCGCCUCCUACGUCUUCUUCGGCAUCGUGCUGGCGCUCAUCGGCAUCGUCUUCCUCAUGGUGCUCUACCUGAACCGCCGCGGCAUCAAGCGCUGGCUGCACAACCUGCGCGAGGCGUGCCGCGACCAGAUGGAGGGCUACCACUACCGCUACGAGCAGGACGCCGAUCCGCGCUGCGCCGGCACCCCGGGCCUCUGACGGCACCCCCGGCCAUCGCCCGGCGGCACCCGCCCGCCGAGCCGCCCCUCAGCGCCUCGACGCCUCCGCACCCGGCCCCUGCCUCGCCCCGGCCCAGCCAUCCCCUUGCCGAGGCCCCACCGAAAAUCGGUCUGUGAGGACGAGCCGCCCUCGGGGUGGGCACCGGGGUGCACCAGAGCGGAGUGACCCUCCCCGGAGGGCUGGCUUCCCCUUCCCACACCUCCGACCCUGCAGGUUCCCGCAGGGCGCCAGGCCGGACCGUUCCCCCAUCCAGUGCCCGCUGGCAGGGAGCACACCCGGCUCGGCCCCGCGGGGUGCCAGCAUGCACGGCCCGGCGCUCCCGGAGGAUUGGGAGGCUUGCACGGCUGGUCCCUGUGCGGCGGCGGGGCCCUCCGGCACGCAGGAUGCGCGGCUUGGCGCUCACACCCGAGUGCGUGCUCAGCACGGCCCAGGAAGCCGCAGGCAAUACCUGAAACUGUCCUCCUGGACGUUCCUGGAGCCUGGACUUGACUUUGACUAUGUACAGCUCUCUUUCCUAUUAGAUUUCUAUUUGACAGGUGCAAAGUUUAACUUCAUUUCUUUUCUUUUUUUUUGCCUUUUUGCUGCAAAGAGGAGAACACAUCAUCCAGCUGCUCCCCCCGGGAAGCGACGUGCUUUUCCGAGCCCGUUUAUCCAUUUAGUUUUGUUCAGUGACAUUUCCAGCUGGUUCCAGGCACAAGGCGAUGCUGCAGCUGUAGGAAACGCCUCCGCCGGCUGCGUGCAUGUUCCCCGGGGCACGCGGGGCAGCCCUUUGACUCUAGAAUGUAGCGUAGACCUGGCUGUCUCGGCACUUUGUAAUUUAAAACGAGCGAAGCAGGAGCUCCCGCCCUAAUUCCCCUGCCCGUGUUUGCUUUAGUGCCUGUUACUAUAUCCUAGAGCAAAUAUAUUCAAAGCUGCACCCACUCCAUCGUCUAUUUUCUAUGAAGCUCCUUGCAAACGGUUGCCUAAUAUCCCCGUGGCUGAGGCGAAGUUACUGUGGUGGGUUUGCCAGAGGUAGGGAGCUCUGGGCUCCUCUGUUUUCAUCGGUGCUUGGGAACCUCUCUUGCUGAGCUGGUUUGGUGGUCAGGGAUGCAGAGCGGUUUUGUGUGGCUUGUGCACAGAUCUCAGUCCUGAUCCCUCCCUGGCAGCAGCACAGGGGCUCAGGAAAAUUAUCCAGGUAACAGUUUUCUCAAGUAGUCUUUCUCUCCCGGGUGGCUUUGUACGUAACCCAUGAGGUGCCAGAGCGCUGAGCCUCUCC